GCAAAAUAGCCUCAACAGAGGGUGCCCUUCAAUGAUUUUGCACCCAACAUACACCGCAAACGACUUGGAAGUUUGUCAGUGUCCGUGAGAAUUCGUCUUAAAAUCGUUUCGUAGUGGAAUGAAGAACGAGUAGGGGCCGUGCCUAUGGGUAAACGGGACACAAGAGUUGCUUACAUAAACCCCAUUGCAGCAGCCAGAGCUGCAGGGCCCAUCCAGCAAUCAGGACCCUCCAUCAGGGAUUACCUGAGUAGACCCAGGCCAACAUGGGAGGAAUGGAAGACCAUGGUGAGCAAGAAACAAGGAGGAUCCAACACCUUGGCUGAGUGGGAGAAAAACAUGAGCGAUAAAUUCAGAGAGGACCUGAAGCGAGACCGAGAGCGGGUGCUGAACAAGUCCAAGAAGAAAAAGAAAGAGAAGAAGCGGGGAAAGAAGAGGAAACGGGAGAGGUCUUCCUCCCCUUCCUCUUCCGCAUCUUCAUCAUCGUCAUCCGACAGUGAGCAAGAUUCAGAAGCAGAGAGAAGGGAAAAAAGACGGAAGAGCAAGAAGACAAAGAAGAAAAGGAAGCGACGACACGACUACACUUCCUCAGACGAUGAAAGUGAUAAGCCCUCGAAGUCCCACUCAGAGCGGAGGAAGAAAUCCAAGAAACACCACAAACGAAAGAAGAGACGAGACUCAGACAGCAGUGACAAUGACUGAGACAAGCAUAUUUAUUGCCAAGAUUUUUGGGGGGGGUUCUGAGAGGUGCUAACGAUCAGAGCUGUCCUGGUACUGGGGCACAUGAGCUUUCAUGACAUCAGUGUGGUAGUCACAAAUCCUUAUCGCAAGUCCUUUCACAUUUCACUCACGAGAAAAUGGGAUGACCCGUGGCAAGGACAGGUUUGGCCUCAGUUCCACAUUAGCUUGCAAGUGGUUGAUUUGUGAGCGACUUGUGCAAUGGACGUACAUAGUUACAACACUGCCCAAUCUGCGUCACAGCUUCAGAGAUGUCAGAAAAUUUGAAGCAGGAAUGAUAGAUAUGACACACGUCAAAAUUUGUGAGAGUGUAAGGGGGCAGGCCAAAAUCAAGUCCUCAUGUUUCAUAAUUACGUCUGUCAUUAACAAUUGCAGAUUUGCUGUGAUGCGGGAUACAACGUUUUGAACCCCCAAGGGGAUACAUAGCACCCAUAGCAAACAGUCAACUAGUCUUUUUUCAUAUAUCGUUCUGAAUGUUUUUCACUUGUUUUUACCCAAGGGAAAUUAAGGGCAGCAAGGUACUUGGUGAACAUUAGUGGUUAGCAGUCCCUGCAUUAUCCUGCACACUGCAGGGGUGCAUACGCACGAUAACAUACAAGACCGGCUGGUGUCAUAUCCAACUGUGAGUGUGACAUGAUUUUUUUUGGCCCUGUCUCAAGAUCAUUCUGGGCCAAUGAAAAGCAGUAUUCAAGGGAGAGGUAUGACAAAUAGCAGCUCAGAGAGAGAGCACCCAAAAUUCCACUGUAUAACCUUCUCUUUGUAGGAAGUUUAUGGAGGGUGGGUAUAGGAGAAAAGAAUGGUUGGGCUGGGAACAUUUCACCUUUUGAGUUUGUGGUUGCCCUGAUCCAAUUUUAAAGUAUUUACUGGAGCGGGCAAUUUUUUCUUUGUGAAGCUAAUCUCUUUACUUAGGAUGGUAUGCAUGUUUUGUGAUUUUUUAAAAGUUGCAACAUUGCUAAAAACUGCAUGAGGAUGGAGUAUAAUAUUAUACAAAUGUAUGGACAAAUCCGAUAAGACGCCAUUCCGGGGGGCCAUCUUCACUCACGGAGCUGUCUCGACCUGAGGGCACGUGCACUUUGGCAAUUGACUACUGCCUAUUUGUAUUGGUCAAGGUGGAAUUUUACACUGACAGUCUAUGUACCGGGAUAUUCUUGGGGAAUUAACUCGGGAAAACACUGUUGCAUGUCAUCCAUCCAAAUGUGAGGCUAAACUUAAAACAAAGUCGGACAUGUCUAAAGCCCAAGUUACUACAGAGGUUUGGUGUAAUGUUGUCCAGUAUAAAAAAUACUUGAUAAGCUUAAACAGGGUUUCUUACAUGUUGGUUUGAUCAAAACUUGCGUCUAUAUGUGCAUCAGUGUAGAGGGUUUGCAUGGCUGCCAUCUUGCAUCCAGUCAGGGUAUGCACAAAGGAGGUUUCCCCGUGGAACAAAAGAACUGCCCGGCAAGAUGGCUUCCAUACAAAUCCUCUAUUGCAUGUUGCAGCAGUGUAGUAUAUUUAAAUGUAUAUUAGUUUCUAGGUUGUUUCAGCAAAAAUAGGUGUAAAAAAUGUCUUUGGCAUGUUUGACAAGAACUCCAUCUGAGUGAUAUUUCACCGUAUUCUGUUUGAAUUGUUCAUGUAGAAUAAACCGAGUCAGUGUAAUGC